CCUCACUCGAGUCCCUUUCUUCCAGUGUCAAUACUCCGGGAGGUACAGUCAACAUGGCCACCCACGACGAUAAGAAAGACAUCACCCAGCUUGAGCGCACCCUCUCUGCUGGUGAUGAGAAGGUCGACCACGUCAACUAUGACCGUGUCGACGACGAAAUUGCCAAGUAUGCUGACGCUACCGGUAUUGUCAUCUCGGAGGAGGAAGACAAGCGUCUGAAGAAGUUGAUCGACAGGCGUGUGCUUCCGAUCAUGGUCUUCACCUACUUCUUGCAAGCGUUAGACAAGGGCACAAUGUCCUUCGCUUCCAUCAUGGGUAUCCGUGCAGAUGUUCCAGGCCUUGAGAAGAGCACCAACUUCGCUUGGUUAACCACCUGUAUUUACCUCGCUGUGCUUGUGGUCGAAUACCCGACCAACUGGAUCAUUCAGCGUGUGCCUGUCGCCAAGUACCUCGGAGCCAACAUUCUGCUCUGGUCCACCGUCCUGUGUUUGCACUCUGUCUGCUUCAGCUUCCCUGCUCUCGUCUCCAUCCGAACUUUGCUCGGUGUUUUCGAAGCCGUGUGCCAGCCGGCUUUCCUCAUCAUGAGUUCCAUCUGGUAUAAGCGCUCGGAACAGGCCCAGGUCGUCACCUACUGGUACAUGAUGAACGGAGCGCAGCAGAUGGUCGGUGGUUUGCUCGCUUACGCUUUCUCCCACAUUAAGCACCCUUCAUUGCCUCCAUACGACGGAACCGCAAAGAUCAGGUCAUGGCAGGCCAUUUUCAUCACAUACGGCACGUUCUCUUUCCUUUGGGGCUGUUUCGUUAUUUACUGGCUCCCCGACUCCCCCAUGCGCGCCAAGUGCUUUUCCGAGGAGGACAAGAAGCUGAUGGUAGAGCGUGUCCGUUCCAACCAAACCGGUCUCCAGAACAAGACUUUCCGUGCAUACCAGCUCAAGGAGGCUCUGACUGACCCCCAGACCUACUGCUACAUGUUGAUCCAGAUCUGUACCACGCUACCUACAUCUGGACUCGGCGCUUUUUACAACAUCAUUAUUAAGGGUCUUAACUUCACGACCCUCCAAACCCAGCUCCUCGCUAUGGUGCUCGGUGCCAUCAUCAUCUUCACGCUCAUGACUUCUGCCUGGGCGACCAAGAAGUGGAACCAAAACCUCUAUACCAUGCUUGUCUUCCUGAUCCCAUCUUUCAUCGGCACAAUCGUAAUCAUGACCGUCAAGAACACAAACAACGCCACCCGCGCCGGCCUCCUGAUCUCGUACUGGAUCAUCUUCACCUUCUGGGCCGCUCAAGGUCUGGGCAUGUCCAUGCUGACACGAAACGUUGGAGGUCAGACCAAGAAGUCCGUCUGCAUCACCAUGAACUUCCUCGCGUGGUGCGCAGGUAACGCCACAGGUCCUCAGGUCUUCUUCGACGGCGACGCGCCGCGCUACGUCAAGGCGCUGUCGAUCCAUCUCGGAUGCUACAGUGUAUUGGUCGCAGUUAUUCUGUUCUUGAGGUGGAACUUGGUCCACCGUAACAACAAGAAGGACAGGGAGUUUGGAAAGGAGAUCAAUGUUACUCACGGGUUUGAUGACUUGACGGACAGGGAGAACCCUAACUUCCGCUACGUCUUCUAAGC